GCUAAUACGUCCAAAGACGUAGUGCUGAGUCCUAGUGAGCACCGUCUUUCAGGAUGCUGUCGGAACUGAGCGAGUGGUUCUGGCAGGAGCGGCUGUGGUUUCCGGAGGGUCUAGGCUGGGCUGACCUGGAGGAUCGGGACGAACGAGUAUACGCCAAAGCUCAGGAUUUAUGGGUGGCGCUUCCCAUUGCCUUGGUUUUCCUCGUCAUCCGUCAAGUCUUUGAAAGGACGGUGGCUAUACCCUUAGCCUCUCUGCUCGGUCUGAAAGACACAGUUCGGAUCAAAGUGCCACACAACCCCACACUGGAGUCCUACUACUGCAACAUUACCAAAAACCCCACACAGUCUUCAGUAGCAAACCUUUGCAAGCAGACCGGGUAUUCAGAAAGACAAGUGCAACGAUGGUUCAGAAGAAGACGGAACCAGGACAGGCCGAGUUUGCUCAAAAAGUUUCGAGAAGCCAGUUGGAGAUUUACCUUUUACCUUCUGGCUUUCAUUGCUGGCCUGGGCGCCCUCAUCGACAAACCUUGGCUGUAUGACGUGAAAGAGAUGUGGCAAGGCUUUCCUGUGCUGACUCUUCUGCCGUCUCAGUACUGGUACUACAUGAUCGAGCUGGGCUUUUAUAGCUCUCUGCUCUUCAGCGUGGCUUCAGAUGUCAAACGCAAAGACUUCAAGGAGCAGAUCGUUCACCAUGUAGCGACUAUUCUCCUCAUCAGCUUCUCCUGGUGUGUUAACUACAUCCGUGCUGGAACUCUCAUCAUGCUGGUGCACGACUCUUCUGAUUACUUCCUCGAGUCUGCUAAGAUGUUCAACUAUGCUGGGUGGCGAAACGCCUGCAACUACAUCUUCAUCGUGUUUGCUGCAGUUUUUAUCAUAACCCGCCUCGUUAUCUUCCCCUUCUGGAUUAUUUAUUGUACGUGGGUGUACCCAGUGACCAUCUACAAACCUUUCUUUGGCUACUACUUUUUCAACGGACUGCUGAUGAUUCUGCAGUGUCUCCACAUCUUCUGGGCUGUUCUCAUAAUCCGCAUUGCAAUCCGCUUCCUCACCAGCAAUGAAAAAGUGGAUGACGACAGGAGCGACAAAGAUGAAACAGACGAAUCAGACGAGGAGGAAAUGGAAGCAGAGGAUAAAAACCACGUGAAGACAAAUGGACCUGUGCAAAAUGGUCACACAGUCCACAACAACAACCACAGCAAGACAGAGUGACCCCGUGUGAAGAUGAAUAAAGAAGUAACAUAGCGAAGGACUCAAAUCCCUCAGAGGGGGAGAUGUAAGGGAGCGAUGAGGAAAGACAAAAAGAAGGGAUGUGGAUGGGAGGAAGAGGGCAAGUAUUCCCUAAAACUAGGAACAGCUGAUGUUAAUAGGAAAAUCGACUCUGUUACUCGUACAUGAACACACGUUUUUAGUCGUACCUUUAGAGGACCCAGCAGGUGACAGACACUACGCUAAAUGGCACGGCUUUUUGCUUUGAGGAAACGUAUCACUGCCAUCGUUAGUCCUAAAACUUUCUAUGAGACGGGGGAGAACAUGAAGAGGAGCAAAGUGUAGAGGAAAGUGAUGCUGCUUCUACUUUAGCUUUCACAUUUUAACUGUGUGCCUUAGAGCUUUCUUAAAGCUUUCCAUUGUCAAAACUGUGCUGUUUUAUUCUGUUUUUAUUUCACUUUAAUGUAGGUGAUACAACGCAACAGGGCGUUGAUUUCCGUUUUUCUCCAGCUAUGCAACUAUGCAUCUGUU